UACACGCUAUGCUAUACGCUAUGCUAUGUGCUAUGUACGACUGUCAUGGUUGUAUGAUGAUUUGAAAUCAAAGGAGCAAUAGAUUGUUGGAAAAGGUUCGAUAUUCACAAUGCAUAAUUACGAUUUUUGAAAAUCAACCGAUCUAAUAAUGGCUGGCUUGGAAAAUUAUGAAAGAGUGUAUCGAGGAAAAACCAACAAGUAUUGGGAAACUGAUGGUGAUUACUCGUAUUCAUAUCACGGACGAGAGGUUAUUCGUCCUUUAGAUGUACCCGUUUUACAUCCCCUAGCCGAAGAUAGCCCUCCUGCCGAUGAUCUAACAGUAAAAAGGUACAUCGGUGCAGGUUGUGGUCUAGCAAGUUUAAUUACGGAAACUCUAUUAGUUCACCCCUUCAUUGUUCUAAGAAGACAAUGUCAGGUAAAUCCUGGAUCGAAUGUGUAUCACAUAAUACCGAUUACUUUGGUUCCUGUAGUUGUGCGUCUUCAUCAGACUCAAGGAAUAAAUACUCUUUGGAAAGGAAUUGGAUCGGUCUUACUCGUUAAAGGAAUGAUGUUAGCUAUCGAAGAUUUCAUUUCUAAAAUAACGCCGUGGCCAAAGGAAAUAACACGGAAUAGUUCGUUAAAAGCAUUUGGUCAGCACGUUCUUCUGAAAUGUGUGUCCAUAGGCCUGACGACACCAUUUUUCUCAGCGUCGUUAGUUGAAACGGUACAAUCUGAAAUUGCAUCCGAAAGCCCUGGAAUACUAGAUGUCUUUCGAGAUGGCGCGAUUCGCUUAGUCGAAGUGAGCAACAAGGGUAGAUUAAUUCCUAUAUAUUCGCUACUACCGCCAACUAUCGCUUACGGAGUUUCGAAAUAUCUUUUUACUUUGGCUGUUUCCCGAGUUACCAGUCACAUUAUGCAGAUUAGGCAGAUUAGGCAGAAACAUUCUCAAGAGUCACGAGGUGCAUAUAGCAGAGUGUUGCUGUCCGAGGAAGUUAUACUAGAUAUAGAGCUACAAUCUACUCUGAUUUCUACAUUUGUGGCAGAAGUAUUGUUUUAUCCUUGGGAAACGGUGAUUUACAGACUUCACCUUCAGGGUACGCGUACCAUUAUCGACAACUUGGACACUGGUCGUAGCGUAACGCCGUUGCUAACUGGAUAUAGCGGUGCAAGGGAUUGUUACGGUACGAUCGUUUCUACCGAAGGCCCUCUUGGUUUGUAUAAAGGGUUUGGUGCUCUUCUUUUGCAAUUUGCUGUAGAUGUAGUAAUAGUACGGGUGAUCAAAUGGAUCGUUACGGAAUUAGCUACGGUAUUAAGACCGAAACCAAAAUCAGCUCGAAAACCGGCACAUUGGGAUUCGAUGUACAACGUAAGAGGGGACUAACAUACGUGCUUUAUUUUCAAAUUGGUUCAAUCUGGACAUUGCUGUUCGUUUAAUUUUUGCGUGCACUGCUUGUACAGUUAUUAGUCCAAGAUUAUAUACAUAUAUGUAACAUGUGCAACACCGAAUCGACUACUCGAUAUUGGCAGUGAUUUUAUUUCUCGUUUCGUUGUGCACUUUGAUGAGCUAUUAAUUAAUCAAACUUGAUACUUGUUCACGAAAAAUGAAAAAAGAAAAUUUCAAAUUUAAACAUUGCAUAAAAUGAAUAUAUUAAAACCGAAAAUCGCGAAUAUAAAAGAUAUUUGUUUGUUGAAACAUACUAGAUGCAAGAAGUACUCUAUGUAUCUGUUGUGUAUUACUUGUGAUUUAUUGCUAAUAAAAAGAUAAAUGUAUCGGUGUUCGAAGCCGAUAUCAGAUUUGAUCAAAUUAGUAUCGUACGAUACUUGGUCUUCACGUAAUCGGUAAUGUUUUGAUUUAUAAUUUCUGAUAACUACUUUUUUCAUCUUGCAUCGUAUAUUACACAGCCUUUCUUUUAUACCUGUCACACAGAUAACACGUAUGAAUAUGAUAUAUACAUUACGCAUAUAUAUAUAUAAUAAUAAUAACAACAACAACAACAAUCAGGAUAAAUUAUAUAUAUAUAUCGCUAACGAGUGUUUCUGUUUAAAGUUACCGUUACAAAGCAUAUGUAGUUUCUAAACUUUUAAUUUCGUCGUUUUUGCUAAUCUAUCAUGUAUAUGUACAAUAUGUUACAAAUAUUCUUGAUUUACCUAUUAACGCAAUAUGUACUUACAUUUUCAAAUUCUAACGUUUCAUUUAUAAAAGUUUGUAUUUUCCUAAAAAUUACUUCUCCUAAAUUCAAAUACUAAUUUAACAUUGAAAUUUGAAUUAUUUUACAAAGUUUUGUCACUUUUGAUAGAUGAAAAGAUGGUUUCAACUGUCAAGUAAUUUCGUUCAAAUAUUAGGAUGAUUACACGCGUCUAGGACUAAGGCUGUCUUGGUGAUUUUAAACUUUUUAAUGUUACCCAUUAUACGCUAUGUAAGAAUUAGAGUACAAAUAUCAGUAAUGUUGUUUUUAUGCAUUAUAACGUAUAAUGCUAUAAUGUACAGAACGCACGCAUAAAUGUUGUAUUUAUAAGGGUCAAAAAUAUGAAUCUUAUGUUCCCGUUGUAGUUGAAAUACAUCUAGCCUAAGGAACAG